AUGGCUUGUAAAGCAAAGCUUAUGAUUCCUGAGGAUGAGAAGUACGAAGGAAAGCCAUUUGCCCUUUCACACGCAAGGACCGCCAUUACAACAAUAAAGGCGAAGUUCAAUACGCAGCAGUUACAGAGGUUCGAGGGGAGUUGUUUUGGUCAUCUAUUACUGAUAGAGGACCUGAAGUGGAAUUCACAAGUUGUCCACGGGCUGUUGAUGAGGAAGGCUGAUCCUAAGACAGUUACACAGGUGAACGGGAUAAAAUUCAUUGUGGGUAACAAGUUGGUACAAUUCACAGCCCAACACUUUUGCCUCAUCACGGGCCUAAGGUUCGGAAAGCUCCCUUUCAUUCCGAAGGCGACAAAUGAAAACUGCUCCUUGAAGCGAAAAUACUUCAGUAGCAAUAAACCUCCCACCCUUUUGGACCUACACACUGCCUUCAUCGAGUGCACAGAUGAUGGCGAUGCGUUAAAGCUUGGAAUGGUCUAUUUUGCCAUUUUUGUGCUAUUGGGUACUGAAAAGCAUGUGCUUAUUGACAUGCGCUAUUUGAAGUUGGCCAAAGACUUAGAAGAGUUUGACAAGUAUCCAUGGGGUGCCGUGUCAUAUGCGAUGACAAAUGCUUCACUUUUGAGGGCAGUUUCUCCUGAUUACCAACGAGUGAAGGUGCCCCAAAACAGAAAAAAGCCCAACAAACAUGGGAAGAAGAGAGCGCAUACAAGAAUGGAAUGCAGUAGAGCCAGAGAGUACAUCAUAAGGGGGUUUGGCUUCGUUCUUCAGUCUUCCCAGCAUUGGAAGCAUUGCAUUUCACAGUCCAUGAAGACAAUAGGCACAUCCCUCGAAUAUUACAUUGGAGGACGGUUUUCGGGAGGUUAUGAGUCAGAUGUGUUUCAAAUGGAGGUUGAUGUGCAACUUCUCCUUCCGACUGAUAUUGAGAAGCAACAACCUUACUGGAGUUGGGGUGAUGAUGAGAACAAUGAAGAAAUUGUUCAAUUGUUUGGGGAUGAGGGCGAAGACAAAACCAACACUUCUAGUGAAGAAAAAGAGGCGGAUGUUGAGGAAACAACUACCCUUCCCUCCUCUUCUAAGGGCAAAGGGUCUUUUAAUGACUUUGGCAGGUUGAAGCAUCAAUUAGAAAGCACUAAGGAUGAGUUAGCAAAGCUACGUAGUUCAAAUCGGGGCCUUAGGAACAGAGUUCGUGACUUGGAAGCUAUUGUAGACAAGAACUGUUUGAAGCAUGAGAAGGAGUGUGACAGAAAUAAAAAGGCUAUUGGGGAUUUGACCCUAACAAUUGCUUCAGUGGAACAUUAUUUUAAAUUGGAGAUGGAGGAGUUAAAAAAAUUAUAUGGUGGAGAAGGGCAUGAGGAAGUGUGGACUGCUCAGAUGAAUGAAGGAGGGCAGAAUGAAAUGUCACCCUUGAAUGAACUUACUACUCCGACUACAGCAGGGCCUAAAAUGGACGCACAAGUUGCAGGUGAUGGAGUGGAAGCCUUCCCAGGCAUGCAUACAGAACGGGCUGAAAUGGAAGCAACAGUCUAUGGUGGAGUGGAAGGGGCUGAAAGGGAAGCGGAAGUCCCUGCUGAUGGAGUGGAAGCUUUUCUAGCCAUGCAUAUACAAGGGGCUAAAAGGGAAGCGGAAGUCCCUGCUGAUAUUGUGGAGGGCUUCCCAGCCAUGGAAGUCGAAGCCGCUGAAAUUGACACUUCAGUUUGUAACAAACAAGUGCACCAACAACCUCACAAGGUUCCUACUUCGGAAGAUGUGAAGGUUCCUAGUCUUGAAGAUCCCCUCAUUCCUAGUCCGGAAGAUAGGGAAGGGUACAGAGUUAUUUGUAAAACAAUGUUAAAUUUGUUAGAGGAUUGGAAUAAGAAAGAAAUUCAGGGGGUGGGACGCAAGGCGAGGCCUCCCAUGGAAACUAGUAUAAAUCUGGUUGGUGAUGAAGGGGACAAGGAGGCUAAUGCCACGGUUCAGAAACCAGAUGCGGAAGGCAAAGGAUGCAGACUGAAGCGGCCCGCGAAAACAUUGUUGAGUCCAUUCACUGAUCCCUCCAGGAAAAAGAGGCCGACUACUGGUUUUCAUGCACAGACACCUGAGGCCCGUUUUGAUCCAACACAACCCGUGGCCAUGGACGAUGUGAAGGCUAUGAUACAAGUUUGCAAGGCUUGGAAAAGUGACAUCAGUGCGGAGCUGGAGCUCGAACCAUUUGUAGUUGGGGCAGAUUUUUUUUACAAACUUGUAGAUGAAACUGCAUGGAUGAGCUCGAGGCACCUUGACAUGGCCAUGUUUCUAAUACGCAAAAGACAACUCUCUCAUCCUCAAGUAUUUGGAACGGAGUGGACAACAGCCGAGUUUUGUCUGCAGCAAUUUUUACAGCCAUUUACACCGCCAAGUGCGAAACGAGUUACGAGGAAACAAAUUGCUUCAAUGACUGUUGACCCUCCCCCUAACUACCUCAGAAAUAUACACCACUUUGUCUGGGGUUCAUGGCAACAUGGUUAUGCACAAGCAUGGACGAAAGUCCGCAAGGUCUAUCUCCCGUAUAAUGUUCGACAACCCCAUUGGGUGGCUGUAGAAAUUGACUUUGUCAGACAUACUGCCACUGUCUACUACUCGUAUACUGUUUUUACCUCCAACACAAUGCUUGUCCGACAGAUGGAGCCUAUUACCCAGAAGCUUGCAAAGGUGUUGUAUGACAUGAGGUUUUAUGAGAAAUCGGAGGUUGAAGCGGUGAAGAAAAAGGGGAUUGACAUGCCAACGUUUAACCCAUUCACAAUUUGCAGAAUUUCCGAUGUUCCUCAGCAAAGUGAUGGUAUGUGCACUUCUAACUUCUGUACUUCUCGGGUGGACAGUACCUCAUGUGGCAUUAUGACCGUCAAAUUUAUUGAGUAUCUCAGUGCUGGCAUUCCUUUUAAUACCAUUGACCCAGCCAAGUUUGGCUACUACCGAUUGAAGCUUGCAAUCGAGGCUCUCAGGGGAGAGGCCUAUGUAUGA